AUGACGAAUGAAACGUCGUCAUUAUUUGAAAUCAGUUACUUGAUGGAUGAUAAUGAAACGGCAUCGACAUCGCGGUCAAUGGAUGAGAUCGAUGCGACACUCUCGAGCGAUGUCGAUCUGGAUUGUUCAGAAGAAUUGCCGUGGUUAAUAUGGCUGAUCGUUGGCAUCGGUGUGCUCGCUGUAAUUGGUGUCGUCAGUGCAAUUGUAACUUGCAUUGUGUGGAAUAAAAAAAAGGUAAUUCGACGAGGUAGCGCUAGCGAUGUCCGAAUUGUUGGUGUAUACAAUAGUCUAUCACAGGUUACAUGGCCAUGGUGGAUGGUCUGUUGUCCAAAGUCAGUAUUCGAACGACGUGAACAGCUCAAGGCGAUGCGCCAGAAUUCGGCCAGCAAUUUAGACCCAUACAAAAGGCCGCCACUUCCACCAAUCAAUUCGGAUCGACAAUACCUAACAGUCGAUGGCUAUCAAGGUGGCUACGUUCCACCACAACGGCUUCCGCCAAUUCGUCUUCAAUCAAACAAUACCGCAACACCGAUGCAUACAGACACCAUUCCAAUUCAUAAUAAUAUUCAACAGGAUGAAUUAUUUGGCAUACGUAUUGCUGGUAUUAAGGGUGUACCUGUGAUCGAAAUACCCAAAAAUGAACAACGCCACCUACCUACACCAACGCAACUCUCUGAAGACUUGAAAUAUCCAUAA